AUGCUCAACAACGAUUCAUUGCCACGAUUAGCAGGCGGCAGUAAUGAGCUGAUGUCGGCGCCUGAGUUCCACAGCCAAGGGUCGAGUAGGCCAUCAGUAACUACAGUGGCGAGUAAUGACUCACCCUCGACGCCACCUUCCUAUGAAGAUGAAAGGCAACCGUCCGGUAUGACUUCUAGCGUGGAUUCCUGGUUGAACGAUUACUUACUUCUAUCCGAUUUCAAAGCUCAUAGAACUUCCUCACAUCAGAUGCCCAAACUUGACCGCACGAUGACGGACGCUUAUGAUGAUGAGCUGUUUAAUCCCAGCUAUCCCGUGAUUUCGGCACCUUCUCCAGCUUCUGCCUCGAUUCGAACAUCUGCGACUCCAAACAAUGACGUUUUCACGGAAAGAUUAAAGGCCGCAAACCAUCAGCACUUGAAUGCAAACAAGCAUGAAGCGUCGAAUCUAUCUCCCCGCGAACGAUCACCUUUCCAACCGAACUCUCCAUUGGCCCCUUCUGCGGCAGCUUUUAAUACACAUAAUAUGGGAUUUGCAACUGCGACGCGCAUGCGAGAACAACAAAAAGCGAAGGACGAUGCGUUGGCUAUGCAAGAGCAGUACCAGAGGACUAAACCGGAACAAGCUACACCAAGGACAAUCUCCCCAAAGGAUGUUGAUUUGGUCUAUCACGAAAGCGAUGAGGAUGCAAACAAUCCAUUGUUUCCGCCGCCACAGCAUAAGCAAUCGCCAGUGACUUACCGUCAGCAGUCAGCGAUUGUUCAAGAGCCAUCUGAGUCAGAAGAUAUGUCAUUAUCGCAACAAAGCUAUGGUAGUAUGGCUACAACACGACGAGAAAGUUCAUCGACAUAUUCUACGAGCUCACAAACCACGCCAAAACAAGGACAAUUUAAUUUCGCAACCCCCACAAGUCCAGCCAGCGUUCGACAAUUACCUCAACAUUAUCCCUUCAUUCCCUCGUCGCAUCGUCAGACGAGUAGCAUGUCGAACAUGUCAAAUGCGUCGAAUGACUUCCCUGCGACUUUAACAUCUAUGGAGUCGAGCAGCGACGAUUACUCAGCCGAACCAGAAAUUCGAAGACCAUCAAAUACAUCAGCGGAUAGUGGAACAUACACAUGUACGUAUCACGGGUGUACAUUACGGUUCGAGACACCAGCCAAACUUCAAAAACACAAAAGGGAAGGACAUCGGAAUUCGACAUCAGUGAUCAACAACAUGGGUGGGGAAAAUCGCGGUGGUAUGACAUCAAUGGCGCAAAAGCUCAACAGUCAAAGCGGGCCUCACAAAUGCGAACGGAUAAACCCUUCAACGGGUAAACCCUGCAACACGGUAUUCUCUCGACCGUAUGAUCUUACACGACAUGAAGACACCAUUCACAAUUCAUCCAAGCAAAAGUUACGAUGUAAAUAUUGUACCGAGGAAAAGACAUUCAGUCGCAAUGAUGCGCUUACUCGACAUUUGAGAGUGGUACAUCCAGAAGUUCCCGUUAGCACCGGAAAGGGAAGGAGAAGAGGCAUGGGACUUGGCAAUAUGGAUUGA